AUGGCGGCCGUAUACAAAUCCCUGUCCAAGGGCGGCAGUGAGAAGAACGAAUCGUCGACCAAUGGCGUCAAGAAAAACAAGCAGAGAGUGCUGAUCUUGUCCAGCCGAGGUGUCACCUACAGACACCGCCACCUCUUGAACGAUCUUGCCUCUCUGCUCCCUCACGGUCGAAAGGAUGCCAAGUUCGACUCGAAAUCCAGACUCGGCGAGCUCAACGAACUGGCAGAGCUCUACAACUGCAACAAUGUUUUGUUUUUCGAGGCGAGAAAGGGCAAAGAUUUAUAUGUAUGGAUGAGCAAGGUGCCCAAUGGCCCGACAGUUAAAUUCCACCUGCAAAACUUGCACACGAUGGAGGAAUUGCACUUCACUGGAAACUGCUUGAAGGGUUCAAGACCAAUCCUUUCAUUCGACGCCGCUUUCGAGACUCAGCCGCAUUUCCGCGUCAUGAAGGAGUUGUUCCUUCACACAUUUGGCGUCCCGCAAGGCGCGCGCAAGUCCAAGCCAUUUAUCGACCAUGUCAUGGGCUUCAGCAUUGCAGAUGGCAAGAUUUGGAUUCGAAACUACCAGAUCAGCGAGGUCGAGCAGACCAAAUUGAAGGACGGCGAGGAAGAACCCACCGUUGGCAAAUCCAACACGGACAUUAAUCUCGUCGAAAUCGGACCUAGAUUCGUUCUCACGCCCCUGGUGAUACAGGAGGGCUCGUUCGGUGGACCAAUUAUAUACGAGAACAGAGAAUUCGUCUCUCCCAACCAAAUCAGAGCUGACAUCCGGAGGGCAAAGGCCGCAAGGCACAACGGCAGGGUGGAGCAGGCAGUUGGGCGCGUGUCCAAGAAGGAUGAUCUGGGCCUCCUGUCCAACGGCAACCGACCUGCCAAGAACGAGCUGGAUAAGACAACACUGUUUGCAUAG